AUGGGAAAAAAUCAUCUAAUCUACAUACACAUAGGCUUCCCAGAUCUUGACUCUCAGGAGCUAUGCGAUUCCAGACUUGGAUGCAGCGGUAAUGGAUUAUGCAUAGGUACGAAAGAAGAUUAUAGCUGUGCAUGUUUUUUGGGAUACGAAGGCGAGAUGUGUCAACACAGAGUUGGAGGCAAGAAGUGCAGCCAGGAAAAAUCAAACGUUCUUCUUCCCACAAUGUCAAAUGCCUGCACACCUGCAGAUUGCAAUAAUCAGGGUGUAUGCGUUGGUACUAGAGAUCUUCCAUUUUGCCUGUGUAAUCUUGGACGUAUUGGAAAGUAUUGCGAGGACAGCAUUAGCAGCUUGACGAAUACUGACCCAACUGCUCCAAUCACAACCUGUUCGCCAAGUGAUUGUAACAAUAAGGGAAUCUGCCUUGGCACAAAGAACUCAUUCGUCUGCGCUUGCCAGCUGGGAUACACUGGAAGCCGCUGUGAAAAUAGUAAGCUUUGAAA